AUGGGGAUGCGUGGCGUCGCCAACGAAGAUGGUUUCGGGAAGCCAUUCAAACAAAAGCCACCAUCCAAAAAUAUCGACCUCUACACAACCAAGAGGCGUGUAAUCUUCUCACAAGGUUGUGCCAAACACCCAACGCUUUUAUGGCACAUAUUGAACUCUUCACUUUUGAUGCAGAUAUCUUAUGGGUGGACGGUGACGUCGUUGGAUGACAAAUUUGUUAAGCUAGCGACUACCGUAACCACAGCAGUCAUCGAAGCUGGCGGUCCAACAACAACAUUAGUGGACUUCUUUCCUAUAAUGAAGUAUUGGCCACUUUGGCUUCCUGGAUCUGGCUUCAGGAUACAUGCCAUUGACACUGCUGAGCUGUUGCGAGAGUGGUUGGAUAUCCCAUAUGAAAUGGUAAGCGGAAACAUGGCCAACGGGAAUGCAAAGCCGUCCAUUCUUGAAUCUUUGAUCAAGGAAUGUUCCAGAGAAGGCGACCCAACUCCUGACGACAAAGAGAAUAUAAAAGGAGCCGUGACGUCUUUGUAUGGAGCCGGGACGGACACUACUGUUACAGUGAUAACUACUUUCAUUCUCACCAUGGUGCUCCAUCGCGACGUGUUCCUCAAAGCCCAGGCUGAAGUAGACCGAGUGACUGGAGGCUCUCGGCUCCCUGACUUCGAUGAUCGUGACUCUAUGCCUUACCUUGAGUGUGUGCUUAAAGAAGUUUAUCGGUGGGGAUGUCCGCUUCCGCUUGGCGUUCCUCAUCGUUUGACAGAGGACGAUGAAUACGAUGGACACCAUUUGCCUGCGGGUUCAACAAUUAUCCCAAACAUUUGGGUCAUGACGCGGAAGCCAGAGAUAUAUCCAGAUCCUGAACGGUUUUGGCCUGAGCGAUUUGAAGCUCUAGACUCUGAUACUGCUGAUCUGUACGACCCACGAAAGUUGAUAUUUGGUUUCGGUAGAAGGAUUUGUCCUGGACGUAUUUUCGCAGACCAUAGUGUUUGGUUGGCUGUAGCGAGCAUCCUCUCUUCUCUAGACAUACGAAAGGCCCGCAAUGCAGCAGGUGAAGAGGUCUCGCCUGUCCCCGCGUUCAAAUCUGGUAUCGUAAGCCACGUCGUUCCUUUCGAAUGUGAUAUACAGCCUCGUUCGGGGAAGGCAAUUAGCAUAUCAGAAUCUUAA